CCUUAAGAUGUGACCUUGAUGAUUUGCAUCUUGAACAUUCUUUCUUUCUACUUUUCCAUACAAGCUCUCUCGUUUCUCUUCCAUUAUCUGAUUAGGCAGGUAGGUAUGGGGUCUAGACACCUGCCUAUGUAACUUACCAAACGGUGGUCAACACGCCCCGUCAUGGUUUUUGACCCGCGUCGCUGUCGCUUAUCACGCUCAACGUCGGCCCAGGUUGCUUGCUUGCCUCUCCAGAACCUGCACGGCAGGAAACUCGUCAAACUUUGGGAGUUGGGAAAACGAAGCAAUCGCAUCAGCAGAUAGCCGACAUUAAUCAACCCGAAGUCGCCUCAUCACCCGCCCCGACGAAUUACACGACACCACACGAUUGCGACUUGAUUGCUUUUUCCAUCUCUUUCUUCCGCGCGUUGGAGGGUGGUGAUUGACCUGGAAAAGCUUGAGCUCUCCAGAUUCCGAUAAAUCGCGGCAGCUCCUGCCCUCGUGUCUUCGGUUUCCUCUUCGCCUUGGCAACGCCGGACCUCGACCACCACACGCAACCGAAUUUUGACAUCUUGUCUUCAUUUGUCACCUCGCGGACCCAUCCAGACUCGUAGCAUCCUUGUGCAUCAAGCUUGCCCACGAUCAUGGCAGCUCCAUCCUCACAGGCGUCCGUGAGCGACCAGAUUCGCCAGCUCAACGACGCAAGGAAGCUCGUCUUGGGCGACGUCAAGUAUUACCCAACCGUUGUCAAGAGCAUUCUGCCCAUCGUCGGACCCACGGCGCGCGUUGAACUCCGAAGAUGGGGCGCCGACUUCCUGGCCGAGGCCUUUUCGACGCCCGCGCUACCGGGCAGCGAAAAAGAGACAAUGCAGCUCUUCGUGCUGGACACGCUGCAGAGCAUGGUUGAGACCCCGAAUGAGGAUCCCCACGUACUGCGGAGUGCCAUUCAGACGGCCGCCAGCAUCUAUCCCUUUGCGCUGCGAUGGAUCAUCAACAACUCGUACGAUAACCUCACGUGGGAACGGGUGGUCGCAAUCAAGACACGCAUUCUUCAGAUAUGGAGCGAGGCCGAGUCGACGGUGAGGAUAUGCUGCAUCAAGUUUGCGCAACGAGUUGUCCUCGCACAAUCGGUGGCCAACCCAAGCGAACCAAGACGAGGUGAUUCCCUUGACAUUUCACUCGACAAGAUCCCGCCAAACCAUCAGACGCUAGAUGUUAUGACCCUCGACGCCGAAGGAGUUGGAUUGCUGGACAGGAUGUUGAGCGUGUUGCAGGAGAACAGCAGUGAUGUUCUUCUCGUUGAUGCCACCUUGAACUGCCUGUCCAUCUUGAUCCGCAGUCGGCCGGGGACGGCCAACAGAAUACUGACUGCCGUGCUCAACUUCAAUCCCAUGAAGCUCGCGAACUCGCCCAUGACUCCCAGAACCCGUGUGAUUGUCAAGUCCAUGGAGAAGACGACUCGUAUGCUCUUGAUACAUCUGUCAAAACGCGACCCCCACGGCCCAAUGGCGCCUCGGAUUCAGCAGCAUGUGGAGAGAAUGAUGCGCAUGAGGCACGAAAUCUUCGACGAGUCCGGCCGCAAACGGGCUUUCGAAGCUCAACAGCACGCCGAGAUGGACGCCAAGCGCCAGCGGGUCGCACCCCAAGUGGCGACGACGCCGCAGAUCCAAGUCACGCCACUACCGCCAGGCCCUCACAGCUUAGGCGACGUCUUCACUCUCACAGGCAGUGAAGGACUGAAGGCUUUCGACGUGGGCACACUCCCGACGGCAAUGGCCGCGAAAAUUAGCAUCACCACGCUCAUCCGCACGGAUGCGCAACUUCUCACAAUGGCAAUCGAGGGUAUUCAGGGACGACUCGCCGCUCUGGCAGCACAACCCGCACCGCAAAUCAACCCCGAGACUGCUCCUCUGGGCGUCGAAGAGGAUGACGAUUACGAACCGGAUUUCGCCGCCGCCGAAGAUAAUGAGCAAAUUCUGAACAAGCUCGACAGCGAUCCUGUGGCCCGACCAGAUGACCACGACCUUGGGCUGAGGACGUUCAAGCUGCCGCCUCCACCUGCGCUCACGCCAGAAUUGGCGCUAAGCGCGGGUCAAGGCUCAGUCAUGUCCCUGUUCCAGUUUGUCAAGACGCUGGAAGACCCUGGCAAAAGGUCCAAGUCUGGCAUCAACCGACUGGCGGCCAGUACCAACGACCGAGAAUCCUGGAUUGCCAUCAUUACCCGACUGGCCAGCCGUUCGUCGGCAGGUUUAGAGGAGGUCGGCAACAAGGACGAGACCAGUGUCUCAGUGUCGGGAUUGUCUCUCGGCAACAGCAUCAGAGACUCGCUGUACACGUACGUACUUGAGGAUUUCCGGCGACGUAUCGACGUCGCCAUCACUUGGUUGCACGAAGAGUGGUACAACGACCAGCUGCAAAAGAAGCAAGAGGGAAACCAUCCUCUGCACUACGAGAAAUGGGCGCUCAAGUUGAUUGACGGUUUCUCGCAAUACCUCAAUGCCCAGGACAAGGUCCUCACCCGGUUCCUGGGCGAGGUCCCUGAGCUCAGCCCCGCCAUCCUGUCUCGCGUCAAGCUCAUGUGUCGCGAUCCUUUGGUGGUGCCUCUGGCUCUGACGAGUCUAUUGUACCUGGUCAUGAUGCGACCACCGGCCAAGGAGCUUGCCUUGGACACGGUCCAGGAUAUCUGGACAGAGUACGAGGAUGCGCGACCACUGGCGGCGAAAUACUUGGUCAAGUUCCGGCCGUCCUGGCUAGCAUCAGCCAAAGCAGUAGCAGAGGGUGGGGGUACUGCAGCAACAAACAACGCAACAGCAAUCACAACAUAAUAAAGGCUGCAGACGCAGCCGCAACCUAGGUCACUUGUAUGUGGCCACCAAACGAUGCAAUAUAGACAGUCACGUUGCAUGUGUCUUGUGUUGCGUAGUUGUUGAGGGGGGGGGUCUUUUCUUUAUUUAAUGAGGCUAAGGCAUCAGAGCAUAUGCAGAAAGGGGACAUGAUGCUGCGGCAGCUCCCUUUCAAAGUGGUGAGGCUGUUGGAAUAGGUUUGAUGGUCACGAAGUCCGACAAGUAUACCCAAACGAACUGGAGAUGAUGCAAGCAAGAAAAUGGACUGAUGGCGUCUCGGUAGACAAUGAGACGGGUCCGACUGGGAGGGGAGAGGAAAGCGGACAGUAGCCAACGGCAUGGCAUAGGCCCUUGGCGUUCAGACCAAGGAAGGUGGAACUGGCCGGAUAAACUGUCAUGUAUACAUAGCUAGCUUACUUGCAUCCCAAGUGGAAAGGGGGCAUAGGAAGCCAGAGUCAGCACAAUGAAAUCUUGGGGAAGCGGCAGCAUAUUUGAUGCACGCACGCAAGACACCCCUCAUUUUGCUAU